AUGCCGACCUCAACAACACCUAUCUCUUUUACACCCACAACGCUAUACCGUUUCACCAACUGUCAAGCGCUGCUCCCAGAUGGCACCCUCCCAUCCGACCCCACCACCUACUCGCUCCACAUCUCACCCUCGACUGGUCUGAUUGUCGACGGACAAUCCGCGUUCUUCGAUUCGCACUCGGCCUUCACCCACACCAUCGAUCUCGACGGUGACUACCUGGUGCCCGGAUUCAUCGACGUUCAGAUCAACGGAGGUUACGGCGUCGAUUUCAGCGAAUUCGAAGGAGAUGAGUCGGAAUAUCUGAAGAGGUUGGAUGAGUUUAGCAGGAGGAUCUUGGAGACGGGCGUGACGAGCUUUGUCCCGACGAUCAUUACGCAGAAGGCGGAUGCGUAUAGAAAGGUGAGUUCUACCAGCGAUGCUAUGCAGACAGGAGAGAGAGAAAGAGAUGCUGAUUGUAGCGGUUCUGACUUGUACGUAUAG